AUGCAUGAUGAGCAAGAGUCGGGUCGAGCAAAGGGCUUUUCCUCUGAAGAAGUCUAUGUGCUUGGAAAUGAUGCUAUCCCUUACCUAUGGCCAGGAGCCGACAGAGGCAUGGGUAUACCGGACCGGGCUAGCCGAAGCAAACCAAGGGAGCACCACCCAAGCUAUAUGCCGCGCGAAGACACAAAUCCUAUUGCUAGCAACGCAUCAUGGCCCCACUCUGGUGGAGCGUAUGACCCGGGCUACUUGGAGGAGCUAUAUGAUCUUUCUUCUAUCGAUGACUUGCUGCUCAAUGAGGAACAUUUCACGUCAGGGCAGGAUUUUAAUCUUUCAGAACCUGUCUUGAAUGGACACAACUUACCGUACAUCUUAACUGAGUUGUAUCCCUACCCGAGGCCGCCUUCGGAGGGUACCCACGGGAGCAAUCCCGGAGGGUUCGAGCCGAUGGGACCAACGGACCCUCGUCAGCCAAAUCAGGCAUUCGGGGCCCCGAUCAAAACUUUCCCGCCACACAUAAGCUCGCCGACUGAUUCUCGAGAUCAUCGUCAUUAUUACCAGACUGUACCAUCGAUGGCAUCUGUUUCUCAAGCAAGUCCCAAUGUAGAAUCGUCCAGUGGGUUCCAUGGUUCAGACCCCUAUAAUGUCGGUAAUAGCCGUCGCACUCGUCGGCCAAACAUGUGCGGAAUAUGCGGCAAAGAAGUUCGACGCCCUGGGGUUCUGGAGGAUCAUAUCAACAGCCAUACAGGACAACGACGUGAGUAA